UAUCUGCGAGUCUCCCUCUCUCCCUCUCCCUCCGUCUCCCUUCUGCUCCGGCAGUUCCUGCUCUCUCCACAGAGCACAUCUGUUUCCCUCUAAACUCCCCCCCUUGAUGCCAAGCGUAGUGCUUCUUGUGGCUGGGUGCUGCUUCACGUGUAAUAAGCUGUUUUUUUUAUGCCGGUAUCUGCAGUCAGUGAGUGGAAACAGCACAUUGCUUCAGCGGCUGGUGUGUAGGAGUCAUCUUCAGUGUGAGGAGCUGUGUUACAAGCACUGUAACUAUAACCCGGUAAACACGGCUCCAGGGGCUACCUCUGCUGCUGCUAUUAGUACUGCUGGUGCACAAGUUCGGGUUAUUGUCCUGGCUGUUUUGCUAAUUGGACCCGAGCCUGAGUUUUAAAUUCAUCUCCAGAGCCUCGCUUAGAACUUCUUUUAAAUUUUGCAACGGGAAGGCAGCCUUUAUCCCUGCCAGAGUCCGAGCGUUUCUGCAUCUUACGGUAAAAGUUUAUCUAUUCAUGGGGCUGAAAAUUUUUUCCGCAACCACAAGCGAAGAAGCGCGCCUUGCCCUCUCCCUACAGAGCGCGUGUCUGUGGCCAGGCCUUCCUCGCUCCCUCCUCUGAGGACGCCCAAGACCAUGGAAGAGUCAUCCUCGGGGUCUCCAGAGCCAGCAGUCACGAACGGGAAGACGCCGCACCCAGCCAUUAAAGACGUCAACAUUCUCUUGGACGAGUCUGAGGGAGUGAACAGCCCAUCCAAGGAUGACGACUCGCUGCUCCACCCUGGAACCCUAACCAGUACCUCGGAGGAGGCCAGCCGGGGGGAAGGAGCCGCCGAGGGAGUGAAGGAAAAAAGAAAAUCGAGUGGGCUGUUCUUCAGGGAUGGGAAAUGUCGGAUUGAUUAUAUCCUCGUUUACAGAAAGUCCAAUCCCCAGACAGAAAAAAGGGAGGUUUUUGAGAGAAACAUCCGAGCAGAAGGACUGCAGAUGGAAAAAGAGUCAUCCUUAACAAACAGCGAUAUCAUAUUUCUGAAGUUACAUGCCCCCUGGGAAGUCCUUUGCAGAUAUGCAGAACUAAUGAACAUACGUAUGCCUUUCAGGAGAAAAAUCUAUUACCUGCACCGGCGGUACAAGUUCAUGAGCAGGAUGGAGAAAAGAAUAAGCAGGUUUCGAGGAUGGCUGCCCCGAAAGCCAAUGAAAUUCGACAAGGACACACUGCCGGAUCUGGAGGAGAACGACAGCUACACGGCCCCCUUCAGCCAGCAGAGGAUACACCACUUUAUUAUCAACAAUAAAGACACAUUCUUCAACAAUGCCACAAGAAGCCGAAUAGUUCAUCACAUUCUCCAAAGGAUAAAAUAUGAAGAAGGGAAGAAUAAGAUUGGCCUGAAUCGACUUCUGACCAAUAGUUCCUACGAAGCAGCAUUCCCCCUUCAUGAGGGGAGCUACAGGAGUAAGAAUUCAAUAAGGACCCAUGGAGCAGAGAACCACAGGCACCUCCUGUAUGAGUGCUGGGCCUGGUGGGGAGUAUGGUAUAAAUAUCAGCCUUUGGAUCUCAUACGCCGGUAUUUUGGUGAGAAGAUUGGGCUGUACUUUGCCUGGCUGGGCUGGUACACUGGGAUGCUCUUCCCUACUGCAGUGGUUGGACUCCUGGUCUUUCUGUAUGGCGUUUUCACCCUGGACAGCUGCCAAGUCAGUAAAGAAGUCUGCCAAGCAACAGACAUCAUCAUGUGUCCUCUGUGUGACAAGUACUGCCCUUACAUGAGACUGUCGGACAGCUGUGUCUACGCCAAGGUCACACAUCUCUUUGACAAUGGAGCCACUGUGUUCUUCGCUGUUUUCAUGGCAGUAUGGGCAACAGUAUUUCUGGAGUUCUGGAAGAGGAGGAGGGCAGUGCUCGCCUACGACUGGGACUUGAUAGACUGGGCAGAGGAGGAGGAAGAAAUCCGCCCUCAGUUUGAAGCCAAAUAUUCAAAGAAGGAGAGAAUGAAUCCUAUAUCUGGGAAGCCAGAGCCUUAUCAAGCUUUCACAGACAAGUGCAGCCGGCUGAUCGUGUCGGCAUCGGGGAUAUUCUUCAUGAUCUUAGUGGUGAUUGCGGCCGUUUUUGGAAUUGUAAUUUACCGUGUGGUGACUGUGAGCACUUUUGCUGCCUUUGACUGGGCUUUAAUCAGGAAUAACUCUCAGGUUGCAACUACAGGGACUGCAGUGUGCAUAAACUUCUGCAUCAUCAUGCUGUUGAAUGUGUUAUAUGAAAAAGUUGCCCUUCUGCUUACAAACUUAGAACAGCCCCGAACAGAGUCUGAGUGGGAGAACAGCUUCACUUUGAAAAUGUUUCUAUUUCAGUUUGUCAACCUGAACAGCUCGACAUUUUAUAUAGCCUUCUUCUUAGGGAGAUUCACAGGCCGACCGGGGGCCUACCUGAGACUCAUAAACAGAUGGAAACUGGAGGAGUGCCACCCUAGUGGAUGCCUUAUAGACCUUUGCAUGCAGAUGGGAAUCAUCAUGGUGCUCAAGCAGACAUGGAAUAACUUCAUGGAACUGGGUUACCCGCUGAUUCAGAACUGGUGGACACGGAGGAAGUUAAGGCAGGAACACGGCCACAAAGCCAAGGCGAGCUUCCCACAGUGGGAAAAGGAUUAUAAUCUCCAGCCUAUGAAUGCCUAUGGACUGUUUGACGAAUACCUUGAGAUGAUUCUGCAGUUUGGCUUCACCACCAUAUUUGUGGCUGCAUUUCCUUUGGCUCCUGUGUUGGCCUUAUUGAACAACAUCAUUGAGAUCCGACUGGACGCUUACAAAUUUGUUACUCAGUGGAGACGACCUUUAGCUUCAAGAGCCAAAGACAUCGGAAUCUGGUAUGGGAUUCUGGAGGGUAUAGGAAUUCUCUCCGUUAUUACAAAUGCUUUUGUCAUUGCCGUGACCUCAGACUUCAUCCCCAGACUUGUCUAUGCCUACAAAUAUGGACCAUGUGCAGGACAAGGCCAAGCUGGAGAAAAGUGCAUGGUGGGAUACGUCAAUGCCACCCUGUCCAUUUUCCAAGUCUCAGAUUUUGAAAACCGCUCAGAGCCCAGGACAGAUGGGACAGACAUGUUUGGUUCACCUAUUAAAUACUGCAGAUACAGAGAUUAUAGAGAACCUCCAAACUCCAAACAGCCCUAUACCUACACCCUGCAGUUCUGGCAUGUCCUAGCUGCUCGGCUGGCUUUCAUUAUAGUGUUUGAGCAUUUGGUCUUUACCAUCAAAAACCUGAUUUCUUACCUGAUCCCAGACCUGCCCAAAGACCUGAGGGAUCGGAUGCGCAGGGAAAAGUACCUCAUUCAGGAAAUGAUGUAUGAAGCCGAGCUGGAGCGUCUUCAGAAGGAGCGGAACGAGAGAAAAAAGAAUGGAAAAACCCAUAACAAUGAAUGGCCCUGAGUGGAUCACGUGCUUUAAGGUGAAGCCCACGUCCUCUGUUUACGUAUUCCUGUUCUGAAGCCCGUCUGCUUCUGGGGAAUGAGCUAAUGCAACCUCAGUGCAUGUCAGGAGAUGUUUUACAAGGCAAGCUGAUCAGCACAUUUACUAAGGAGUGUACUGUGAACAACUUUGCAAACAACAAAUACAACAUUAACUGUUUCUAACACUGCAAGCAUGUUCCUGUCAAUGCAGUAAUGUACGCAAAUUUGUACUUGGACAAAAAACGUUGUAUUAUUGACCAUUUUACAACAAUUUGCUACUUUUCUCAGAUAUCACAUCUUCCAUAAUGGUUUUACAUAUCUUCAGAGACUGAAUGUAAAUAGAUAGAACUGUAAACUUUUGCACAAGGUAAAAUCAUAAAUACUCUGUGCAUUAGUACACAAUACUCUUCUUCCACUGUACCCAAUGAAACUCCUGUUUACAAUUCUGUCCUUUUUUUUUAUUUCAGGACCUUUAAAAGAUUUAUGAUAUGUCAUUAAAAUGCUUAUUUGUAAAUAGCCAAAUAUUUAAGAGAAUGUUGAAUUUUCAUGAAACUUAAGGAUCAGUUCACAAACAUGAAGCCAUGUUUACUGCUUGUAUAUUGUAAUGCAAUAAAUAAUUUAAAAUAAAUAUGCAUCUGAACUGUA